AUGCCCUGCCAGGCAGCUCCCCUCUCGCGCCCAGCUGCAGCUUUAGUGUACUCAGCAGCCUCGGGGGACGCGACAUUGUGUGACCCCAGCACCGUGCAGAUUGUGUCCAUCUGGAGUUGGCACUGUCAGGCCCCAGGCCCGCCGGCCCCGGCCCGUCACCUGACCCCCGCGCGGCCAGUCAGCCUGCGCGCCUCGCCCAGCGCCUCCCCGGAGCGCGCGGAUUGGUCGGGGCGCGCCGCCCAGCAACGCCGACACUGCCGCGGCCCGCUGCCGCCGCGCGCUCGGUGCACCCGCGGGUCGGACCGGCCGGCGGCGGCCAUGGAGGCGGCCGCGACGCGGAGCGGCGGGGCCACGGGGCCACCCGGCGGCCGCCCGGACGACGACAGCCCGCGGGAGAGGAAGGUCUACAUGGAUUACAACGCGACCACGCCUCUGGACCCCGCGGUCAUCCAGGCCAUGACGGAGGCCAUGACGGAGGCCUGGGGCAACCCCAGCAGCUCCUACCCUGCAGGCAGGAAGGCCAAGGAGAUUAUCAGUGCAGCACGAGAGAACCUGGCCAAGAUGAUCGGAGGGAAGCCUCAGGAGCUGAUCUUCACCUCCGGGGGAACCGAGUCAAAUAAUUUAGUGAUCCAUUCUGCCGUAAAAACCUUCCAUGAAAACGCAGCCUCCCCAGGAGACUCGGCGGAGCGGCCCAGCCCAGCAGAGGGAGCCAGGCCCCACCUGAUCACGUGCACGGUGGAGCAUGACUCCAUCUGUCUGCCCCUGCGGCACCUGGCGGAGGAGCAAAUGGCCGAGGUCACCUUUGUCCCGGUGUCCAAGGUGAAUGGGCGGGUGGACGUAGAUGAUGUCCUGGCGGCUGUCCGCCCCACCACAUGCCUUGUGACCAUCAUGCUGGCCAACAACGAGACCGGAGUCAUCAUGCCCGUCCCUGAGAUCAGCCAGCGUGUCCGGGCCCUGAACCAGAAGCGGACUGCCUCAGGGCUGCUCCGUGUCCUCCUGCAUACGGAUGCUGCCCAGGCGCUGGGGAAGAGGCGUGUGGAUGUGGACGAGCUGGGAGUGGACUUCCUGACCAUCGUGGGCCACAAGUUCUAUGGCCCCAGGAUUGGUGCACUGUAUGUUCGAGGGCUCGGUGACCUCACCCCUCUGUACCCGAUGCUGUUCGGAGGUGGACAAGAGCGGAAUUUCAGGCCAGGGACAGAGAACACCCCAAUGAUUGCUGGCCUUGGGAAGGCCGCUGAGCUGGUGAUCCAGAACUGCGAGGCGUACGAGGCUCACAUGAGAGAUGUUCGGGACUACCUGGAGGAGCGGCUGGAGGCUGAAUUUGGCAAGAAGAGAAUCCAUCUGAACAGCCGGUUUCCAGGCACCGAGCGGCUGCCCAACACCUGUAACUUUUCCAUCCGGGGUCCUCAGCUGCAAGGCCGCUUGGUGCUCGCACAGUGCCGGACGCUGCUGGCCAGUGUGGGGGCUGCUUGCCACUCGGACCAUGGGGACCAGCCAUCGCCCGUGCUGCUGAGCUGUGGCAUCCCCUUCGCCGUGGCCAGGAACGCACUGCGCCUCAGCGUGGGCCGUGGCACCACCAGGGCCGAGGUAGAGCUCGUCGUGCAGGAUCUGAAGCAAGCCGUGGCCCGGCUGGAGGGCCAGACCUAGCCCCGGACAGGGCCCACUACCACUGCCUUGCAUAGGAACCCUCCUCACAGUGGGCCACCCAGGACCACCCUGUCCCUUCUUGUCUCACUCCGCCCCUGCGUGUCAGAACAUGGGGGCAUCUGUGUGAGUUGCUCCUCCCCAGACUGGGCCAUCUGGUACACGUGCCUCCUAUCGUGCCACACUGGACCACCCUGCCUCCUGCUGCCUAGGGUGAUGGCAGAGUGGACAGGUUACAGCCGCGCCCAACACCUCUCCAGUCAUCACGGAGCACACCCGAGUGCCCUUCCUGGAAGUGGUGGUCUUUCCCGGAAGGUAAAACCCAAGGGCCUUCGUCAGAAACAUAGGAACCUGGAUGUUGACUCGGCUGUGACUCCUACACAUGCCAGCUCCCAGGAACUCUACAUGCUGCAUCAGUGGGCCCUGCUCUGGCCGCUGUCCAGCCUCAGCCUCAUCCAAGGCAGGAUGUGCCUGUGGCAGCCAGGUGCCUUCCACUGCUGCCAUCCCGGGCACUGCCCAAGCUGCUAGCUCCCAUCUCAUUUCCCAAUCCUCUGCUCAUUGCUGCAGACAGCCAGUGUCCUGAGGCCAGGAGCAGAUCUCCCCUCCCACUCAAGCUGAAGGACUUAGACCCUCCUGCAGCCCUCACAGGGCCCUGGCUGCAGGAGCAUUCAUCUGCAUAGGAAUGGGGGGGUCUCAAAGGUGCUACCCAGAGCUGAUAAAGGAUUUCCACGCUUGG